CACAGCGUUUGCCACAAAUGCGUCAGGGAGCUCCUUAUGCUCAACCACGACGACUCCUUCGACGGAGGCUCCGAGUGCUCGCUGCCCGGCAGCCCCAGGUCGCGGGUGCCCUCGCCCUCCAUGGAGAGGCUGGACAGGCUGGUGCGAUCAGGUUAGUAAAGUCUCCCAUUGAUGCAGAAAAGUCCUUUAUACAGCAAUACAUUAAAUAACCUCGAAAGUUGAACAAAAUGUACACGUUUCCACACAGGAAAUAAUGGAAAAGGAAGUUUUAUCAUUCUUAAUUUGUGUAAAAAGAAGUUGACCACUAAAAAUGAUGGUGACCAUGGUGAUUCAUUUUACGGGUUUCUUGUAAAAAUGAGUCAAAAUUUAAAAAAAAUCCAACAAAUGUCCUUUUUUUUAUAACCCUAGGCAGGGGUGUCCAAAGUGCGGCUCAGGCACCAUAUGCGGUCUGUGGCUGUCUUUUAAAAAAAAAAAACAAAACAAAAACAAAAACACAGCAAAAAUUGAAAAAUCAGUAAUUUUACUAGAGUAAAGUCAAAAUAUGAAAUGGAAAAAAAUUGUAAUCAAACAAAAAAAAGUCAUAAUUUAACCAUGUUAAAAUGAUGGCGGCCAUGGUGAUUCAUUUUACGGGUUUCUUGUAAAAAUGAGUAAAAAUUAAAAAAAAAAAUCCAACAAAUGUUUUUUUUUUUUUUGUAACCCUAGGCAGGGGUGUCCAAAGUGCGGCUCAGGCACAGUCUGUGGCUGUAAAUAAAUAAAAAUAAACACAGCUAAAAUUGAAAAAUCAGUAAUUUUACUACAGUAAAGUCAAAAUAUAAAAUGGAAAAAAAUUGUAAUAAAAAGUCAUAAUUUAACCAUGUUGAUAUUGUAAUAUUACGAAGAAAAAUCUUGCUAUUUUGGUUGCAUAAACUUGAAACAGACAAAACGCAUUAAAAAAAAGUUGUAAUAUUAUGAGAAGCAAACAAGGAAUAAGGUUGAAUUUUUGUAAGAUUAAGUUGCAGGAAAAGUUACUGUUAUGAGAGUAAAUUCAAAAUAUUAUGGGAAAAAAGUGAGAAUUAUGUGAAGAAAAUUCACAAAAAGAUAGUUGGGGGGGGGGAACGUAGUAAUUGGGGAAAAACAGCAGUAUUUUUACAAGAAUAAAAUUAAAAUAUAAAGAGAUAAAGUCAUAUUCUAACAAGAAAAUCUUACAAGAAAACUCCUAUUAUGAGGUAAAAUAAGGUCACUUUAGUAGCAUAGAGUUGAAAUAUUAAAGACAAUAUGUUAUUUAUAAAUUGAAGUUGUAAUGUUUGGAAAAAAAAGUUAUAAUAAUCACCCAAAAAAAAAAUGACAGAGAUGAAUAAAGUUGAAAAAUUUUGACAACAGCAAAAAAAAUGUAACAUGCAAAAAAGAAGUUGACACAAAUAAAAGGCUUUUUUGCCACCUACACCACAAAGCUGAGGUGCGUUUUUGUUGUUGAAAUAUUUACAACAAAGGCUUGAACCCCCCUGACUUAAAGCUAAGGCAAUUCAUGCCGCAGAUUGGCCUUGGUGUGAAAAAUAUGACUUCAUAAAAAUAUCCAAUAAUACUUGGAUGUCUACAGGACAAACUGUAGAAGGAGUAAGACAAAGAGCCAAGCCUUAAAAUGGGCCAAGCGUUGUUGUCCCUAUGCGACGCCCCCUUCCCCCCCCUCCCUCUUGUCCUAGAUGAAUGAACACAAAUGAUUUCAUUAAUGACAGAAGUCGCACACAUUCCUCCUUCUGGUAAUCCUGUCCAUUUUUCCCUAUAAGCUACGUCGACAGAAUAAAAGCGGAAAUAACUUUGACCAAACUGUCUGAAGCCCAGCUAUCUGUGAGAUUGACUGACAAAACUGACAGUGAUUUAAUCCAAAGGUCAAAAUCCACAUUGGUAAAAUAGCCUGCAGGGACACGGGACUCCCUUUUACAAAAUUUUACAGCAAUCUUAAAAAGCAUUUUGGUUGUUUGCCACCUUUUUUAAUAUCGUUUAGCUGUACAGUGGAACCCGUUCAUGUCGAUGUUCUACAGUAUGUCUGGACUGACGUCGACAAAAGCGGUUGUCGGCGUCACCGAAAUCGAACGGGAACUAACCGUUGCGUGCAUAUUUACUUGUGACUAAGGCUAAAAAUAAACAAUUAGUUAAAAAUGUCAUCCAAUACUUCUCGACAAGAGAGGAGAAAUAUGAUCUCAGGGAAGAACUACAUUUGAAACACUUAUAUGCUAGGACUAAAUUAAAAUUAAAAUUAAAAUUAAAAUUAAAAUUAAAAUUAAAAUUAAAAUUAAAAUUAAAAUUAAAAUUAAAAUUAAAAUUAAAAUUAAAAUUAAAAUUAAAAUUAAAAUUAAAAUUAAAAUUAAAAUUAAAAUUAAAAUUAAAAUUAGGAAUAAGAAUAAAUUAAAAAUAAAAUUAGGAAUAAGAAUAAAAUAGGAAUAAGAAUAAAAUUAAAAUUAAAAAUAAAAUUAGGAAUAAGAAUAAAAUAGGAAUAAGAAUAAAAUUAGAAAUAGGAAUAAAAUAGGAAUAAAAUAAAUAGAAAAUUAAAAAAUAUUAAAUAAAAAUGUUAAAUUAAAAAAAAAAACUUUAUUAGGAAAGCAGGAAGUGAACAAAUGUAACAGUUACUGAUUGUAAAAGUACCAGAUGGAGGGGUAGGAUUUAAUAAGCUUUGCUUCUUCCUACUUCUUUUGGACAUGUGGAACUGGGAACUGAUUAUGUGAUGCAUUCAAUUGUAAUCUGAUGCAUGUUCAAAUGAAAUUAAACCAUUACUUUGGCCAAGAGAAUGCCCCUCUCAAUUUUUCCCAUUUUUGCCGCAAAUGCCCCCUGGGCUGCACUAUGGACACCCCUUUUGGUUCUCAAAUUGUAUGUCGACAAAAGCAAUCGAGCAUGUAGGGUGGACUGGGACUGAUGUAAACGGGCUUCACUGUAUUAUGCACUUUGGUGCCGCCAAAGAGCUGCGAGCCAAAAAGCUAAACGGAUCAACCCAAUAAUUAAAAGUACACAUGAAACGACACACAAAAUGAUCGUGGCGUUGAAAGUAACAAGUUGUUUCCAUGGUGACGAGGCACCCUCUAUGGGACUAUUAUCCACUCUCCUCCACAACAUGAAUGAGUUUAUUAUGGCGCAUGUGUUGACACGGGAAAGCAAAAGCCUUACUUUUUGAAUAACGGGUUCAUUCAGCUAAUGUAAACAUUCUCCUCAGGAUUAUACUGGAAACGUACAUUUUUAUAAGGCGGUUACAUAAAAGAAAAAUAGAACAACAUCGGGUGGGGGGGCUCUCAAACUUAACGAGAGGGCUGUCAGAUGAUUGGUCGCCACGGUGACUCGACCUGGCUGUUAAGGAAUGAAUGAAGGGAUUAGUAGGCAAGGACAGAAUAAUGAAGGGACUCCACUAUAUUUAUAAAGUGUGCAACUGGGAGAGAUGAAGGAAUGCUUUUCAAAUCCUCGUCUCCUUCAGUAUCGCACAUUUGGAGCUCUCGGCCAAUAGGAUUUGACGUCUUUAUCCUGCGUUUUUGAUUUUAUUUAACAGAUCAUCAGCUUUUAUGUACUCGUGCAGCUCAAACACGAUCACAUGUUUAUGUAUUCAUGCAAGUACUGUUUACAUUUGUUUUUGUUCCAACACACACAAUGCAUGCUGGUUUACAAUAUACACUGACAUUUGGAGUACAAAUACACACAAGCACACAUGUAAUACAUAUAUCUUUAAUAUUGUAUCAUCAUUAGACAAAAUGUCAGAGUUAUUGAUAAUUUGUUGCUAAGCUUUGCAACCCAAAAAUACAUUUUUCAUGUUUUUUUAACAAAAUUUGCUCAAAUUGUCAAUUGUCAGUUCAAUUCCACCCUCGGCCAUCUCUGUGUGGAGUUUGCAUGUUCCCCGGGUACUCCGGUUUCCUCCCACAUUCCAAAAACAUGCUAGGUUAAUUAGCGACUCCAAAUUGUCCAUAGGUAUGAAUGUGAGUGUGAAUGGUUGUUUGUCUAUAUGUGCCCUGUGAUUGGCUGGCUGGCCACCAGUCCCGGGUGUACCCCACAUCUCACCUGAAGACAGCUGGGAUAGGCUCCAGCACCCCCGUGGAAAAGCAGUAGAAAAUUAAUUAAUGAAAAUUGGAGGCUGGCGCACGGUGGAUGAGUGGUUAGCAUGUUGGUCACAUUCCAAAUACAUGCUAGGUUAAUUGGCGACUCCAAAUUGUCCAUAGGUAUGAAUGUGAGUGUGAAUGGUUGUUUGUCUAUAUGUGCCCUGUGAUUGGCUGGCCACCAGUCCAGGGUGUACCCCGCCUCUUGCGCCAAGACAACUGGGAUAGGCUCCAGCCCCCCAUGCCACCCUCAUGAGGAUAAGCGGUAGAAAAUGAAUGAAUGAAUGAAUAUUCGGCAAAGAGCAAAAUGACACCAUAGUCAAACUGCGGCAUGUGGGCCACAUGAGGCCCGUCAAGCCUCUAAAUCUGUCCCACCAGACGUUCAAAUUUUUAAAAAAAACUUUUAACAUGGAAGCUGUAUCCAGCACCAUGAUAUCCAGUACUAUUAUGGCACGCUUGAGUUGUACAGGAAAUAAAUGUGAUUACACUCAUAUAGUCCUGCCACAAGGCAUGCUGGGUAGCUUGUGGUCCUCUCUCUUUCUCCCAACAUUUUGCCGUAAGGUGAGGAGGUCGUCAGAGACGUAAACAAGGAAGGGACAUUUAACUUUUAAAAUUCAAUGUUUUACUGUCCGGACUACCCAGCAUGCCUUGCGGGAACUUGUAAAUAACAGUUUAAGCUACUGCUUAGCUGUUGUUUAUCGGACACGCAGUAAUAGUAGUAGUUGAUACAUGUGAUGCUUUAACUUGCUGCAGAUGUGUUUUGGUUUUGUUGCACCGUGAGUAAGUAUGUUGUUGUCUUUGAUGACCACCCAUACAUGGACAGCACCUAGUCCAAAAUUUUUCGACUCCAAAUUGUCCAUAGGUAUGAAUGUGAGUGUGAAUGGUUGUUUGUCUAUAUGUGCCCUGUGAUUGGCUGGCAAACCAGUCCAGGGUGUACCCCACCUCUCGCCCGAAGACAGCUGGGUUAAGCGGUAGAAAAUGAAUGAAUGAAUUUGCACGAGAGCACCAAACAAAAAAAUAUAUAUUUUAUGACAAAAAUGUGAUAUGUGAAAUUUUAUGGGAAAAAAAUCAUUAUUUUCCAAUAAUAUUAUUCAGUAUUCAGGUGUACUUAAUGUAGAGUCUACACUGUAUGUUGUAAACCUCACCAAUCAACAAUCGUGCACUUCAUAUGCUAUAUGCGUUUCAAGCAUUCCAAACAUUUUCAUCCUUAACCACCGAUUUCUCCACCCCCCCACCCUCUCCACCCCACAGUCACAUGAUCACACAUUUCUGUGUUGUGUCAUCUUUAUUUGUCACCUCUUUUUGUUGAUUGCUUGCAGCCACACUGCGAAGGUCGCUCGGAAAUCGAGGUAGACGCGGCCUCCGACUGUUCAGUAGCUGUAGUAGUGAGUACAGUGUCACUGGAACCCCCCGAAUCCCCCCAACCCCCCUCCAGUUUGUGAAACCCUAGCUUGAGCUCUCCGCUACGUAGUUCCUUUUUUUUUUUAAUUUUAUUUUUUUUAAGCCCACAUGAGCAAACACGACGACAAGCAACUCGCAGCUAAGCUAAAAAUGCUGUAUAAAGUACUUUUCUAGGUACUCAAAGACGGUGAAAUGUAGCAGCUUUAAUGGUAAGUGAAAAAUGUUUGUCACAAAAUGUGCUGUUAAUAAAGUUAGACGGGUGUCCAAAUUAAACGAUGCACGGGCCACUAACCUAUUCUCUUAUUCUCAUAAUAUUUUGAAACUAUUAUUGUAAAAAAAUUAUUUCCCUAAUUUUCUAAAAUUAUUAUUUAUUUAAUUAUUUUUCUUGUUUCUCACAUCCUUUUAAUAUUUCAAAUGUGUUUUUUUUUAUUAGUAUUUUUAGAAUGUUCCAAGGACCAAUAACAUUGUGUCGUAAAUCGGUUACAUAGCUUCCACUCCACUGCGGCGUCGAGUCCAGUUUGUACCCCGCCUCUCUCCCAAAGACAGCUGGGAUAGGUUCCAGCAUACCCACGACCCUAGUGAGGAUAAUACACAGUAAUGAUUUUAGACACUUUUUGCCAUUUGAAUUAAAAUGUAUUAUUAUAUUGAAUUUAAAUAGGUUUGUUUUAAUGGAAAGCCCUUUGGUCACCUUGUGUGUGAUUGAAGCGACAUAGAAAACGGAUGGAUGGAUGUUCCACUUCAGUCCUGGAGGUGGCGCUAAUGUGCAUUGCGAAGUAGUGUGCCUACCCCCCCAAAAAAUGCAAGGAAAAGAUCACAUGUCAAAUCAUUAUCCAUAUAUUGGUUAAUUAUGGGGCUGCACGGGGGGCUGUAAUUUUAAUUUUAAUUUUAAUUUUAAUUUUAAUUUUAAUUUUAAUUUUAAUUUUAAUUUUAAUUUUAAUUUUAAUUUUAAUUUUAAUUUUAAUUUUAAUUUUAAUUUUAAUUUUAAUUUUAAUUUUAAUUUUAAUUUUAAUUUUAAUUUUAAUUUUAAUUUUCACGGCAAUCGAGUGGUUAGCGUUAGCGGUUUGCAUGUUCUCCCCGUGCAUGCGUGGGUUUUCUUUGGUUACUCCGGUUUCCUCCCACAUUCCAAAAACAUGCUAGGUUAAUUAGCGACUCCAAAUUGUCCAUAGGUAUGAAUGUGAGUGUGAAUGGUUGUUUGUCUAUAUGUGCCCUGUGAUUGGCUGGCCGCUAAGCGGUAGAAAAUGAAUGAAUGAAUGGUUAAUUAUGAAUAAAUGGUCUUCCACAUCUGUACCCAUACGGACCAAAUACGUCUUUUGGUACUUGGUAAAGAAGUGUUCAUGAAAGUGCUGGUAUUUGUAACCUUCUUUGGCCCCAUGGUGGGUUAUUUAGCAGUCACAAGGGCUCAAGCCAAAAAUCAUUAUGCGGAUAAUAAUGAGGAAAAAGCUGAAAGAAAGAAACAAAACCUCAAUAAAAUUAUUCAUGGUCAGCAGGUCAAACGGAUUUGUUUAUUAUGUUCCAUAUUGUACAAAAAACAAUUUUUUUUUGUUGUUACAAAAAGCGUAUUUUGUGCUGGUAGCGAACUACGUCCAUAUAUGCUACAAUACCACCCUUACAGUCACAGAAGGCUUCCUCUAUUAAACCUGAAUGCAAUGGAACCCUACUAAAGGUCAACAAACUUGCGCAAUACUUGUUUGUGUCGGCUCGCGUGUUGAAACAAAAGAAGCGUGAACUCUGUUCUCAGCCGCAGUUUGGGCUUGCAGAGAUUCUUAACUCCUUAACUCCUGUUAAGAUUGACAGCGCUGCCUUCAGGGCCAUUGUCUGCUUCAGUCAUUUCCAUCCUCACAGCAUUCAUCAUAUACUAAUCAUUUUAGUGCUAGCUAAGGAAGCUUUGUCAUACAAGAGCUAGCGUUUAAUUGAUUACAUUGCCGAUGUUGACUCCGGUUUCUCUAUACGACUGGUGUGGAAACAGGAGUUCAGAACAUUCCGAAGGAGAUGAAUCACGAAUCGUUCAUAAUCCAUCGAAUAUGUCUAGUUUUCUAAUUGUGCGACACAUGUUUAUCAUCAUCAUCAUAUUAAGUUUGACAGGAUAUGGUCCUAAACCAGGGGUCUCAAACUCAAUUUACCUGGGGGCCACUGGGCCGCGUCAGGUCCCCCCCCCCCCCAAAAAAACGGCAUUUAUUAUAAACAGAAAAAUAUACUAUUUCAGUGCUUUGGUUCCGAUUUUCUACAAUAAAAGCUCUGAUAAAACAUUCCACUGUUCUCAAAUAUCUUAAUUUUUAUUUUUCUGCACAAAAUACGAUGAAAAAUAAAUAAACAAAAUCAAAUCAGUAAUAAAUAUAAUAAUAAUAAUAAUAAAACGGCAAAUAAUAAAAACUUAAGAAACCACAUAUAGUUGGUGGGUAGACCAUUUUUUUUCAGAUUAAAAUGAACAAAGCAUUAUUAGAGCCCUGUAGACAUGACAAAACACGACUAUAGUCACAUUUAUAUUUUUAUUUACAACAUAUUGCGCAACUGCACGGUCUUGAGACACAUGCUAACUCGCAAACUAGAGAGCUAGCGACCUAAACGGUAGCCUUCAAGUUAUUUCCUUUAAACUUAAAAAGACAAAAACUUACCACUUCCACACGGAUAGGGAGGAUAACUAUUAACAGUUAUUUAACCUUUAACAUGAACAUUAAUCAAACGUAAUAAUUUUUUCUGGGUACAUGAUACCAUACAGCAUCCAUAUCAAACUUGCGCGGGCCGCACUAACAUUAAACUUUCAUAUCAAGGCGGGGGCCUCAAACUUGUGUCCCGCGGGCCGCGUGUUUGAGACCCCUGUCAUAAACCGUCGCACAUCAUCACAGUUAACUCACUCGGCUUCGCUCACAUGUACGGCAUGCACAUACACUACAUAGUUGACAUGUUUGUCGCUGAGUCGCUGCUUUUUUCCCUCUGCCGCCACCCACUUCACCUUGUCUUCUUCGGCAGUGUUUAUUUUUGUGUGGAAGUUGCCCGCCAACCCCCCUCAGCUGGUGUUGUGUUUUUUUUUUUUCCUCACCUCCUGAGGAGUGUUUGAUUUAAUUUUCAGGUCCUCGGAAACGAAGCGGAAAUACUGGCUAUCAAACUGAGAUAAAUCCAGCACUCCUCACUUCUCCCCAAAAACGUGAAGCAAUAUUCUUGUCAAUGUUUUUUUUUUGUAUGUUCACAGUGUUGUUGUUGUUUGAAGUGCUUUUUCACUGCUUUAGUGUCUGUGAUGUGUGCAAGCACCCCGUGCAAUGUGCAAUGUGCAAUGCAUUGGCCACUUGUUAAGAUGCUGAUGCAUCAGUAACAAGCAUUAUGAUCUUUCCAAACUCUUCAAAGUACCAUUACUUUAAGAGGACCUUGUAUUGUUGUUGUGUACAGUUUCAAGGGACAAUACUGGAGGAAGUAAACUUGGAUGUACUUUAUGGCAAGGUCACAUUUGAUAUGGCAUUUGAUGCCAUAUUUAUUAUUUUUUUCAGUUUAUGAACACAAAUGUUCAAUAACGGAUUAUUUUCCUUUUUAUAAAAAUAAAAGACUUCGGUAAUGUAACGCUUUACAUUAAGGUACACAAUGACCUACCCGACCUUAAUCACCACUCAUUAGUUCCUCAGUAACUACUCUACAUAUAUGUGCCAUAGUUAUUAGGUUCUCGUUAGUUCUUCGAUGUUUCCUCAGUAACUACUCUAAAUAUUUGUGCCUUAGUCACUAGUUCCUCAAUAACUACUUAGGUUUAUAUGCCUUAGUAGUUCCUUUGUAACUACUCUAAAUGUUGGUGCCUCAGUCAGUAGUUCCUCUGUAACUACUCUAAAUGUAGGCACCUUAGUCGUUCCUCUGUAACUACUCUAAAUGUAGGCGCCUUCGUAGUUCCUUUGUAACUACUCUAAAUGUAGAUGCCUUAGUCGUUCCUCUGUAACUACUCUAAAUGUAGACGCCUUAGUCGUUCCUCUGUAACUACUCUAAAUGUAGGCGCCUUAGUCGUUCCUCUGUAACUACUCUAAAUGUAGGCGCCUUAGUAGUUCCUUUGUAACUACUCUAAAUGUAGACGCAUUAGUCGUCCCUCUGUAACUACUUUAAACGUAGGCGCCUUAGUUGUUCCUCUGUAACUACUCUAAAUAUAGGCGCCUUAGUAGUUCCUCUGUAACUACUCUAAAUGUCGGCGCCUUAGUAGGUAGUUUGUCUGUAACUACUCUAAAUGUCGGCGCCUUAGUCGGUAGUUCCUCUGUAACUACUCUAAAUGUUGGCGCCUUAGUCGGUAGGUCCUCUGUAACUACUCUAAAUAUUGCCGCCUUAGUCGGUAGUUUGUCUGUAACUACUCUAAAUGUUGGCGCCUUAGUAGUUCUUCAUUAGUUCCUCAAUAACUACUGCAUUUUUGUGUACCUUAUUGUAAAAUGAGACCAGCCUUCAGCCAGUCUACAUCUUGAAAGUCAGCAGGUCAUACUCGUGCCCUCCGUGCGUUUCUUGUAUUUUUGGACCUAGACUGGCCGUAGGAGCCCGUGUAAGCGGUUGUGACCUAGGCUUUAGAGUAGUCCGUGUACAGCUUGUAUAGCAGUAUAGUUGACUGAAAACAACUCACAGCCAUUAACACAAGUUAGUUCACAUCAAAGGUUUGUUCUUCGUGUCAAUAUUUACGAUGCUAAGCUCCAUUGCUUAGCAUGGAAUUGACCAGAGCUGCUUAGGUUGUCACUGGAAUCCUCGUCCACUCACCAGUGGAUAUGAGACACCUUGCGGAUGCCCCACAGGUGCUCAAUUAUGUUCAAGUCUGGACUCGUCUUCACGUUCCGUUUCCUCAGCAAGACACUUAUCUUGUCUAGGUGUUUUUUUUUGUCUCUUUAUAUAUAUCCAAGUUUCAUUUCUAUAGUGUUGUCUCUUCCUUUCAGAAUAUGUAGGAUCAGAAACAUGACAGGUGAGAUACUGUAUGUGGGAAUAAGUGUUGAUGUGCCAAACUGGACGCUUGAUGAUGGUGUUUUUAUAAAUUUUUUUUCAGACUGUCAAAUGAUUACAUUUUUUAAUCAGAUUCACCACAGUUUUCUAGUUAAUCAUGAUUAAUCACCAUUUUGUAAGUAUGUCUGGGGAAAAAACAAAACAUUUGAAUCACACUUUCACCUUAUGAGGGGUUGCAUUCAAAGACACCACGUCAUUUCUGAGCACAUUUGCACGCAGAAUUUUUUUCAAAAAAUGAAAAUAAAUAUUUUGGUUUUUAGUUUAAUAAAAAUUAAACUGUAUUAGGAAAGCAGGAAGUGAAUAAAUGUAACAGUUACUGAUUGUAAAAGUACCAGAUGGAGGGGUAGGAUUUAAUAAUAAUAUAAUAAUAAUAAAAAUGUAUAAUAACAAUAAUAAAAUAAAAACUUAUAUAAUAUUAAAUAAAAAAUAUAACAUAUUUUAAAAAAUUAAAUAAAAAUAUUAAAUAAAAAUUAAACUAUAGUAGGAAUGCAGGAAGUGAACAAAUGUAACAGUUACUGAUUGUAAAAGUACCAGAUGGAGGGGUAGGAUUUAAUAGUAGUAGUAAUAAUAAUAAUAAUAAUAAUAAUAAUAUAAUAAUAAAAAUAAAAUAUCAUAAAAAUAAAAUAUCAUAAUAUAAUAAACUUAAAAUAUUAAAUAAAAAAAUAUUAAAUAUAAAAUAUUUUUAAAAAAUUAAAUAAAAAUAUUAAAUAUUAAAGAAAAAUAAUCAUUCAUUCAUUCAUUUUCUACCGCUUUUCGUCACGAGGGUCGCGGGGGUGCUGGAGCCUAUCCCAGCUGUCUUUGGGCGAGAGGCGGGGUAAAUUAAAAAAAUAUUGAAUAAAAAUUUAACUAUAGUAGGAAUGCAGGAAGUGAACAAAUGUAACAGUUACUGAUUGUAACUCAUUGUUUUGCUUUGUAUUUCUGUUGGUUUAGACCACACAUACAUGCACAAUAAAAUACCGCGAAUGCAACUUGCGGGCCUCUGCUGAUGAUGAGCAUCGUCAAAAUUAUGCUAAUUCAUAAAAUAAGCCCAAUUUGAUUCAUUUGUACCAUAUUUGUUUUUUUUUUACAGAAUUACAGUUAUUAUUACUUGGUCCAGAUGGCUAUCAGCACUUAAUUCUCAUUUUUGCUGUUAAUGUGGAAUGAAAUGCACUGUAUGAAUAUGAAUAUAUCCUUUUAACCACACCCCCUUCCUGACUGCUUGUCACCAUUUUCCCCAAAAGUCGCUGGCCCAUGAGUGACUGCUUGAUCGGAUGCAUUGUGUGGUGCUUUUGUGCAAUGCAUCCGCGUCUGUGAGGGGUACUAGUUAGUCAUUGUGGGGAAUUUGAAGCACGAAUUGAGGCCCUAUUUGUGACAGUUCCAGCAGUUCUAUUUGAAUUGAAUGAAAUCAAAAGUGUUAGCAUGAGAGCUAUGCUAACAAGGCCCAACAUUAGGCUUUAAUGUUGUGGCCAUUGAUUGAUUGGUUUUAAUCACAAACAGGGCCUCAGACAAAAUUCCAAACAGGCCGACUGAUUGGUUUUAAUCACAAACAGGGCCUCAGACAAAAUUCCAAACAGGCCGACUCAUUUUCAUCCCGCUCCCUCAUCCUCCCACACAGGCUCCAUCUCCUCCCCCGGCUGGCGCAGAGGAUCCGUGACCCCCCGCGUCACCACCAUCCCGUGCCCGGGCUGUCAGCACGACAUCGACUUGGGCGAGCGCGGCAUCAGCAUGCUCUUUCGCAACUUCACGUUGGAGAGCAUCGUGGAGCGCUACCGGCAGGCGGCGCGGGCGGCCGUGGCCAUCAUGUGCAACAUCUGCAAGCCUCCGCAGCAGCAGGAGGCCACCAAGAGCUGCAUGGACUGCAAGGCCAGCUACUGCAACGAGUGCUUUAAGCUUCACCACCCCUGGGGUACGCCCAAGGCCCAGCACGAAUAUGUGGGGCCCACCACCAACUUCAGGCCCAAGGUGCUAAUGUGCCCCGAGCACGAGAUGGAGAAGGUGAACAUGUACUGUGAAGUGUGCAGGAGGCCCGUGUGCCACCUGUGCAAGCUGGGAGGAACGCACGCCAACCACAAAGUCACCUCCAUGAGCAACGCCUACAAGAUCCUUAAGGAGAAGCUGGCCAAGAGUAUCCAUUACCUCAUCAGCAAAGAGGACCAAGUCAGGUCUCAGAUUACUGGACUGGAGCGGCUCAUCAAUCAGACCGAGGAAAAUGGCCAGCUAGCAGAGCGCCAAGCCAGCGAGCACUUCGACCGCCUGUUUGAGGCCCUGCAGGAGAGAAAGUCUGAGAUGCUGAAAUCCAUCGAGCAGUCGCGGAACCGACGCCUGGAGCAGCUGAAAUCCCAGAUGGAGGAGUACCAGGGCAUGUUGGAGAACAGCGGCCUGGUAGGCUACGCUCAGGAGGUCCUCAAAGAGACCGACCAGUCCUGCUUUGUGCAGACCGCUAAGCAGCUGCAUGUCAGAAUCCAAAGGGCCACGGAGUCUCUCAGGACGUUCCAGCCCUCAGCCCACCCCUGCUUUGACGAGUAUGUGCUGGACACGUCCCGAGAAGAGAUGCUGCUCAGAGAGUUGUGCUUCGGUGGAGUCCCGGACCCCCCUAUGAUCGACCUCUCCAAGAGCAAAGUCUACAACGAGGCCACCAUCUUUUGGAAACUGUCUGAAGACCACCUACCCACAGACCACCACCUGCUUGAGUACCGCAGGUUGGGUGCCCCCAGCCCGUCCCAGGAGGGCGGCAAGGACGGCAGCAGCAUGUGGAGGGUCACUGAGCGAGUGUACGGACCCACCGCCGUGGUGUGCGACCUGGUCGCUGACAGCUUGUACGCCUUCAGAGUGCGGAGCUGCCGGAACUCCAUGUUCAGCCCUUACAGCCCCGAGGUCACCUUCCACACCCCCCCUGCACCCGCUUUCGACUUCCUGUUCAGCGACAAGUGCGGCUUCAGCACAGAGCGUCUCAUCCUGAGCAAGAGGCGAGACGCCGUGGAGAGCGUGGCCGGCAUGGCCUUCCUGCUGGCGGCGGAGCGCGUGCAGACAGGCGGCUACAUCGGACUGGACUACAUCAUCGGGGACACGGGCAUCUCUCAGGGAAGACACUACUGGGCCUUCAAGGUGGAGCCUCACUCUUACAUGGUCAAAGUGGGCGUGGCCUCAGACACCAAGCUACUGGAAUGGUUUCACAGCCCCAGAGACACCAGCAGCCCCAGGUACGACCACGACAGCGGCCACGACAGCGGCAGCGAGGACGCCGCGUGCUACGAUCUCUCCCAACCCUUCACCCUCCUCACCGCGGGCAUGGGUAAACUCUUCAUCCCCAAAUCGUCUACGUCCGGCGACCCGGGCAACCGCGCGCUCCCCAUGCCUCAGCGCCUGGGCGUGUGCCUGGACUACGACGCGUGCCGGGUGUUCUUCUACGACGCCGACAGCAUGAGGUGCCUUUACGAGCGUCAGGUGGACUGCUCGGGGACCAUGUACCCGGCGUUCGGGCUCAUGGGCGGCGGCAAGGUGCAACUGGAGGAGUUUGUCACUGCGAAGAGACUUGCGUUCUGAGCAAAGAGUGGCGGGGGAACGCUCCGAUUUUGUUAGCUUCAUUUGCACCUAGCGAGGGGGCGUCGCCUUCAGGGCCCAAAAACUAAGUUAAGUCUCUUUGCUUUUAAUUAAAUUAGCGCUUUUAAAUGUUUGUUUUUUUUUUUAAACGUGAGAUGCCUUUUUGAGCUUCAUCACUGAUCGUGUGGCUACGUUAGCAGCUAGCGCCUCCGUGCCUUUCCUUUCAUUUCGUUUGCGUCACAAUCACGCGUCGUCGGCACAAUUGUUUUUUUCGUAGCACCGUAUGUAACGAUGUAUGUAUCACACGCACUGGGAUCACCUUGUUUAUGUUUAAGUUUAAGUUUAACACGGGAAAAAAAAAACACGACUUUGUCUGAAUGUCACCUUGAACAUCACUUCAUAACACAAGACCGAGCCUCGGUUAUGGUGCAACCCAAAACAGCCUUUUUGACAGUUCAGGUUUGAAUCCCUGUCACCAACACAUGUCUCUGCACAUAUGGAGGUGUUUUUUUUUUCAUUUUUUUAUUUUUUUCGGGGUUUUUUUCGUUUUUUUUUUUCGUUUUUUGUUGUUUUUUUUCGUUUUUUUUUGUUGUUUUUUUUUGUAUUUUUUUCGUUUUUGUCCGUUUUUUUUUUAGGGGUAUACGGUACUACGCCAGGUGCUUUUGAUCUUUUUUCCAGGUGUCUAAAUGCGACCUACCUCUUUGCUGUCAGGCCUGGGGGGGUAAAAAAAAAAAAAAAACCCGGUUACUACCUUUUUGAGCAGAUUUUCGGGUUUGAUUUCUAGUCACUUUCAACAUGUCUGGCCUUUUUUUUUUUUUGUCUUUCAACCCUGGAAUUCAAGCGGACCUGAGAAACUACACUGUAAUUUUUUUUUUCAUACUUUUUAAACAUGUUAUCCACGUUUUGUGUUGGUUCAUAAUAAUAAUAAUAAUAAUAAAUAAAGUUUGUUUACUAUUUAGCCAGAUUUUUUUAGUAGUAAUAAUAUCUGUUUAGUGCAACUUGUCCACAGAGGUCAGAAACUUUAACAAAAAAAAAACACUUUUUGAAGGAUGGCAGCUUUCUAUGGAGGAAUGUAUACCAUAAUAACAGCUGAAUGUCCUUAUUGCCCCCCCCCCCCCCCCCACCCUCACCCCACCCCCAUACAAAUCUAAACCAAAUCUCUUCCAACCCAAUCAAAGCUAGCAUGCUGCAUGUUGGUAACACUUUCUCAAUAAUAAUAAUAAAGUUUGUGCAAUAUUACCUGAAUAGAAACAGCUAGCUUGGACGCUACAUUUGCACUGUUAUUAAUUAAUUAAUGGAAUAUAAUUAAAGGCCUCCAACUCAAAUUAAAAAAGUUUCUUCCUCUAAAGUGAAGUGUUUGGAUGUCAGGUGGUGGGUUCAUGUGUGUAUGAUGUAAAUGUGAAUAUUAUUAUUAUUUCAUUGCUGGAUUAUUUUAAGUGUGAGGAUGUCAUCCAAUAAAACUGGUGUG